CGUCGAACUCUAAAGCAUACCACAAUAACGGCAAAUUUCACUCCGCGACCGCUGCACGCAUCCACCCUUCAGGACCGCACGCUGUAUGCGCGACUCGGAGCGGAUUUCACAGAUAUCAAAUCCAACUUGUUCGGAUGGGCGGUACCGCAGUGACGGCUUCUCCGAGUAUAUAACGUCCGCGGGCCUUGCGUCUUGUCUCCUCGUCUUUCGGCUCUAGCUUGCACAACUACCGCCUACUUCAAUUCCCAGCACAGCGAAGCGCAUUACCCAUGGAAAGAGGUCGAGGUCAAGGUCGAGGCGGACGGGGAGGAGAUAGAGGAUAUAGGGGACGAGGUGGACCUCCGAGUGGGUCCAUUCAAAGCUCUGACAGUUACUCGAGUCGUGGUGCCAGUCCUGGAGGAGGCCGCGGUAGCAGUCCCGGAGGGGAUCGCGGUGGCUACAGGGGCGGCGAUCGAGGAGGAUACCGAGGAGGCUUCAGAGGCGACCGUAGUGGGUCCCGUGGAGGGUCCCGCGGAGGGAGAGGAUCUGGAAGUCGGGGUCGAGGAGGCGUGUUCGCGCCCGACCGCCCUGCCGUCGUUGACCCCCGCCUCACGGAUAACUCCCAAGAUCAGCUCGUCGUCUCGCUUCGCUCUUUGCGGCUCAACGACAACGACCUUCCUGUGCGACCCGGCUUCGGUACUGCGGGUUCCCCAAUAAAGCUUCGGACGAAUUUCUUCCCUCUCACGUUGCCAAAAACUCCCUUUUACGAGUACGACGUGCAGAUUGACCCGCCGGCCGGGAACAAGCGUCUCAAACGGAGGAUAUUCCAGCUCGCCGAGCAGACAAAGGAAUGGAAGCGAGCUAACAUGACUGGGAGAGUAGCGCAUGACAAUAGCGCGAAGCUCCUCGCUGUGAACAAACUCCCUCAACCUCUACAGAUCAAGUUCCUCUACUCGGACGAAGACGAGGAGGAAGAACAAAGAGACAGAGACAAAGCUCGGGAGCGAAAGGAAUAUACCAUGACGAUCAAGUUCCAACAACUCAUCGACACUGAGAAGAUGCUUCGUUAUCUGAAUGGGGACCCGCAGCAGCGGAUGUACGACUUCAUGCCCGUGGUCAACGCGAUGAACAUCAUCCUCUCCGCGCAUCCCAAUCGCGUCAUCGGCGGGGGCGUCAUGGUGGGGCGCAACAAGUUCUUCCAUCCGUCCCCGAGCGCGCCCCCUGUUCCCCUUGGGGGCGGCCUCGAGGCGUGGCGCGGGUUCUACUCGUCCGUGCGUCCCGCCUGGAAGCAGCUCAUGGUGAACGUGAACGUGUGCACGACCGCGUUCUACACCCCAGGAAAUCUUGCGGACCGCAUGAUAGAAUUCAUGAAUCUCAGCCCGACCACGCGUCUGAGGACGUUCGUGAGGAGUGUGCGGGUCAAGACGACGCACCUGGGGUACCGGAAGACGGUGAAAGGCCUCGCGAAUGUGAAUGCGCGUCAGCAUAAGUUCACGGCCGAGGGUAUGGGCGAGGUCACUGUAGAGCAGUACUUCCAGAGAAAGUACAAGAUCAAGCUGCGCUAUCCAGAUCUCCCGCUUAUCGAUGUUGGUGGGCAGCGGACGAACUACCUCCCGGCCGAGGUCUGCAUGAUCCUGGAAAAGCAGCCGUACCAAGGCAAGGUCCCCGACGAGCUCACCGCCAACAUGCUCCUAGUCGCCUGCCAGUACCCAAACGUUAACGGCGACGCCAUCACGAACCGUGGUCUACUCGAGCUCGGGCUCUCGCAAUCCCCUCCGCCCGUGAACGCCUUCGGUAUUACCGUCGGCUCCGAGAUGGCCGUCGUCCCGGGCCGCAUCCUCCCUCCCCCCGUCGUGCGCUACGCACAAGGCACCGGCGCGGUCGACGAUCGUGCGUCGUGGAAUCUUCGUGGGGUGCGAUUCGCCCUUGGGGCACGCCUCCAGAACUGGGGGGUCCUCCUUAUCCACGACGGGAACGGGCGCGACGAGUUUUCGGGUGCCGACGACCCUGAGCUCGGGAACGUCUUGCGCGGCUUCGCAGACAUGUGUAAGAAGAGCGGCAUGUCCAUCGACCAGGCGCCGCCGCAGAUCGCUGUCGCGCGGCUCCCGCCGAGGCGUACGGAGGACCCGCUGCGCAAGCAGGCGGUCAAGCAGAUCAGGGAGACGCUGAUGGGUAUCCCGAGGAAGCCCAGUAUCGUCCUCGUCAUUCUCUCGAAUGGGGACCGACACAUCUACUCUGGCCUGAAGCACCUAUGCGACGUCUACCUGGACGUGGCAACUGUGUGCGUGCACGCGGCGAAGAUCCGAAAGGGAGCGCCGACAUACUACGCGAACGUUGCGCUCAAGUUCAACACUAAGCUUGGGGGCAUAAACCAUGAGCUCGGGGAGCAGAACAUGGCGUGGCUGAGCAGGGAGCCUACGAUGCUCGUGGGCAUGGACGUCACGCAUCCAGGCACCGGGACCGUCAGGGGAACGCCGUCGAUAGCUGCGGUCGUUGCGAGCAUCGACAGGCGGAUGGGCCAGUUCCCUGCCAGCAUGCGACUUCAGGAAUCGCGAAAGGAGAUGAUCACCGAUUUGGCGUCCAUGAUGGAGGAGCGGUUGCAGGCUUUCCGGGCGAAGAACAACAAGACGUUGCCAAGCCGCGUGUUGGUCUACCGCGAUGGUGUCUCCGAAGGUCAAUUCUCGAUCGUGGUUGCGGAGGAGAUGCCGGAAAUCAGGAAGGCCUUCGCCAAAUUCGGCCCCACCUACAAGCCCAAGCUGACGAUCGUCAUCUGCGGAAAGAGACACCACACCCGUUUCUUCCCGAUGGAUCCAGCGCAUGCAGCGCAAGAUGGGAACCCCAAGCCGGGUACGGUGGUUGAUCGCGGUGUAACGGCUGUGUAUGAGUAUGACUUCUACUUGCAAGCCCACGGAGGACUCCAGGGUACGACGAGGCCGACACAUUACUACGUCGUCCACGACGAGAUUGGAAUCGGCGCUGACCAGCUGCAGUGCCUGACCAACGAUAUCAGUUACAUGUUCGCUCGCGCAACGAAGGCCGUCAGUCUGGUGUCGCCCGCUUACUACGCAGACCUCGCCUGCGAGCGUGGCCGGUGCUAUAUACAUCCCCUGUUGCAGGGUCACUCUGAUAGUGGUGCCACGGCGACCAGUGAUGGUGGAGAGGAGGAGGUCAUGAAUGAGGCGAAGAAGAUGUGGCGUUUCGAUAACAGUCCGAACGCUGUGGGUGGGGCCCUCAAGGAAACCAUGUUCUAUAUCUAAGGAGGACAGGACAGAAUACAUAGGAUGUGUACGAAGAUGUACUACGUAAUGACCUCUACAUAUCUAGGCAGUCGGUGCAGGGGUGUAAGAGCAAACUUGUGAAGC